AUGGACACUUCGGCGACCAAGUCGACCUCCUCCUCAUUCCUUCCGUCCGUUCCGAGCGCCUGCAAUGGCCAGUUAACUCGCGGAACACAGCGCAAGAAACCUGACAGACGUGCGGUCGUCUUUUCUGUGGAUCGCUAUCUCGCGUCUCCAAGUGCUGCCACAGCUUUUGAUCUCUGCAAAGUGGCGCAGCGACUAUCGACUUACAAUGGAUUUUCUUCGGUACAUCACAACGAGCUUUGGCUUCAGGUGCUAGACGCUCUGGCCGAUCACGUGCUUGCUCUAGCAGCGUCGAGUGAAGCGCCGGACGUACACUCGCAGGCGACCCAGACCCAACAAACGCCGGAAGAUGUGCUGCCGUUGCUGGAACUCUGCUACCUGUUUGCGAGGAGCGCUGCGAUCGGGUAUCCUUCGCAUACGCUGUGUAAACUACUGCAGUGGCUUGUGAACAGCGUGUCCAUGUCGGCGCUACAAAGCGGCUGUGAGACGGAUACAGGGCUCAAGUUGCAGCUUGUUGUGCUCGCAGAAGUGACCAAGCGCAGUGCUGGUAUUCGAACGUAUACCAAGGAGAUAACGAAGAUCAAGGACUUUUACCGCUCGUUGACAGUCUUGCUUAGCAACACUGAGGACGCUGAACUGUUGGUGUUUAGUAUGGCCAUUCUGGCUAGCCUGGUGCUUUCUGAGCCUGUAGGCUGCAAGCUAUUCAGUGAGAAGAACGUGGAUGAAGCACUUGUAUUGGUAUUUUCGUUGCUGAAUGGCUCCUGGCAUGAUGGUACUGAUGAGCGUAUGUCGGAUUUUACAACGACUAUCGACCGGCAACCCUUGCUGCAGAUGGCCAGUGUUGACUUGAUCUGUAACCUUGCUGGUCGACAAGAAAUCUUGAAGCUACUCGAGAAGCACCCGAAGCUUUCACCGACGCUCGACAGUUGCAUCAUGACGAUUAAUCUGAAUGGUGACGUUGAGCACAUUGUGGUUGCCGCGCAUUUUAUCUCCUCGAUCGUUCGCCUCAGUCAAUUGUGUCGAAAGAUGGUGAUCAAAAAGCUGUCCGAUCAAGACGUCAUCUAUCGCGUACUGCAAGCGACACUGCACCCUUCCAAGUUUGCCGCCACCACCGCCGCGCAACUGGUUCUUACAGUGAUUGGCGACGAUGUCCGCUCCCUCCAAACCCUUUUCGAUUCUGUAGCAAGUGCAGAGCGGAUGCGUCCUAUAAUCGUAGGAAUGAUCCGUUGCACUUGUGGUGCCAUUCAACUGGUGCAAGAAGCUGAAGACAUCGAGGUGCUGAGUAACUCGGACGAGUAUCUUCACGCCGUGGCUCUGUGCCGUCUACUUGCCAAACUGAGUGUAUUGCCCGCCAUACGCUCGCUGUGCGUUGAGUCGAUCAGUCUGAACCAGAGUGCAACGCUGAUACAAGUGGAGUCUGCUCUCAUUGGCGCCGCUGAUCCGCAAGACUUGAUACGCUUCCAUUCUCAACUGUCGAUUCACCUUGUGAGUCUCCUCUCAAGCAUGGCGUCUGAUGAGAAUAUGGCCGACCGGAACAGACGCACGUUGAGUCAAUUUCUCCAGACUGCUGAAGUAGCUUUGGUCCUGGCUGCUGCCCUGUUCAGUCGCACCGACAAGAGUACUGUGGCCGAAGCACUGCUGAUACUUGCACAGUCGCUUGCUGGCUCCAGGAACAAACGUUUUCGUGCAUUGGAAUUGGUGGAAGCAAUCUUUGGCUUCAGUCAGCGCAUUGGGGAUGCGAGCGACAGCUUACAGUCCACGAUCUCUUCCCUCCAGGCUAGUGCAGAAGCCAGCGUAAAGUCGGCUGAAAACUUGCAGGCUGAGAUGCAAAAGAUGCUGCACCUCCAGGACGAACUCGAAAAUGAGCAUGAUCGAGCAAUGAAAGACAUUGGAGCCAAGUUUGCGGAGCAGAUGAGGCAAAAAGACGAUUCGAUGCUGAAAAUGCGUGAUGUAUACGAAGAAAAACUUCGCGAAGCCUCAGAGCAGUGCAAAAGUAUGGGACAGCACAUGAACAAGAACCUGAUUGUAUUACAGCAGCGUGAAUCGCUUCUUCAAGAAAACCGUCUUGAGCGUGGAAUUCUAGAAGAAGAAAACAACGAAUGGAAGCGUAAGGUGCAAGUUCUGGAGACCAGGAUUGAGGAAAUCGCGCGAGCGCAUUCCAUUGCGAUGCAAGAGAUAGACCUUCGUGACGCGAAAACGGAAGAACUGCGUGUAGAAUUUGCCGCAAUGUCUGGAGACUAUGCAGCCCAACAAAAAGAGCUUGAGGCGGCUUACGACGAGACAAAGCGACUGGAGGACGCGCUUAGCGAGCAAAAGCUUUCGAACGAAAACACGUACAAAGAGUUGGUACUGCUAUCGAAAGCUCAUAAAGCGCUGUCGGACGAGAAACAGCACGUUGAGGACGAGAUCGAUGCUGUCCGCGACGAACUGGCGAACCUCGAGUCGCUGAAUGUCUCUAUCCAGACAAGGAUGCAAGAAAAGAAGGAACUUGCUGAUGAGCUAGAGCGACAUAUGUCACGGCUCGACGAUGCUGCUACUGCCAGCAAGAAUGCGUUAGAGGCCGAGCGGGAAAGGCGACGAGCGAUAGGCCGUGACCUCGACGACCUCAGACAAGCCCAUCAUAAGCUCGAAAGUGGCAUGACAACGCUCGAAUUGCACGCAGCUGAGCAACGGUUGAUAGCCGAAGCAAAGGACGAGCGUAUUCGGAAGUGCGAAGAAGAGAUCUGUCAUCUGACAAAAGAAAUCGGACAGCAAGCACAGCUGCAGGCUUUGAUUCACCAGCUGAGCUCCAAUGUUGACAGUAACAUCAAAGUCAAUGACAGCUCGUCAUUGCUCGCGCGCGACAAGUAA